UUGUCAAGUUGGAAACAAUUUCCCCAAAGACUGAAUAGGGUGUUGCAACCCUGAGCAGUUUGGGGGUACCGUGAAUGACUUUUCCAGUGCAAAUGUUGACAGGUUUGCAAGGCUGAAAAUGCUGGUCCUGAUGUGGUGGAGCUGAAAAGAAGACAGCAUGGCUUCCUGCAGGUGCAACUCACUUACCACGUGUGCAAUGUAUGAUGCAUGCAACCUCUCACGGCCAGGCGUGGCGUGCAGGCCACAUACUUACAUCUUGCGCAACCGUGUGAGGGACAUGCGUUGACGUACUCUCUCCCUGCUCUUGCCACUCCCUCCCCACGUUUUCAGAAAAAUGUGGCGGCCCUGGCCUCCCCCAAAAAACACACGGACUAAAACCACGCACGGUGUGUUGUGACCGGGGCUUAAAACAGUUUAAUCUCUGCUGCUAAAUAACAUUUUACAAAAUUUGACCUUUUAAAAUGUUUCACAUUUCAUAUUUACAUUCUUUUAAGCAUAACAUUAAAUAUUUAAAAUGAUAACAGGAACAUUAAAAAAUUACAAGACGUUGUCCUCCUCAAGCUCGUCCUUCUCGCAGCCAAAACCUACGGCACACAAACCAAUAAUCAAUCAAUGAGGCAUCAAAACAUCAUUUCACAGUAAAAGCUUAGACUGACGUUCAACAAGCUGCAGGGCGCUAAUACACUCCUCUUCUUCCUCCUCCUCCUCCUCCUCGUCCAUGAUGGGAGCGGAGCCGGAGUCUGGUUUUGGUUUGGGCGUCUGAGAUGUCGAGGCUGUUGUCACGGAAACAGCCUCUUCUACCUAAGAGGUCACAUCAUCUGUCAAGUUUUCGGAGAGAUGAAAAGCUUUGAUGUGAGGAAGCGGGGACUCACCUGUGACACACGUUUCUUCUUAGGAGGUUUGGAAAAGAGGGGGCCAAGCCUGGAAAAAAACAUGGACAGUCAAGUGGAAUACUGUCAGUGGUCCGUGGACAUGCGUUGGCUUACCUCUUCCCCAUCAUACUGGCAGUAGCGGCCAGGUCCACAAUGGCAUCUUUGGCCAACUUCUUGCGGCGAAGUCUUUUUCGUGCAGGUCUGGUGGGGGGCUCGGGGGCAGUCUUUUCCGGGCUGCUGCCCCCUCCACUUCCUGCCCCCCCACCAUUGAGGUCUUUGAGGACAUCAUAGUUGAUCUUAGUAGAGAUUUUCUUCUUCUCCAGCAUCUUCUUGAUGGCCUCGCCUGCUGUGGACGCCUGGAUGGUCUCCUUCUUCUUCUUCUUGCACUUCUUGGGCUGCAAAAAGGUGAAAGGUCAGCUCCAUCCCAUCAUGAACGCUAACCAACAACCAACCUUUUCUUUGUAUGUCCCCUGCUCUUUCUCUUUUUGAAUUCUUUCUUCUUUUUCUGAAACACAAAUUAAUCAAUCAAUCAAUCAAUACUUGUCAUGUAUUGUCUUUGUUUCGUGUCUCUGGAGGACCUUUCUGCUCUUGCAGGUAUUCUUGGUUCUGCUGCAUCCACAGUUGGGUCUUCACCUGGACCUCCUUGUCACUCAGGAUGUACUGCAGAGAAGAACCACAUGAGAAACCAAACAACCUUGGAGUCAUUUUCUUGAUCAACUCACCUUAUCGAUCUCCUGCUCAUCAAUACCGUCCAGAUCCAGAUCUCCACUCUCUGAAUUCUCGUCAACUUUUGUAAAAGAGGGACAAAAAACAAAAUUGGAUGUGUUGUUUUUUGCUGGAUGUGAUGACACCACAAAGCACUUCUUUUUCUCACCCGAAGUAGUGUCGUCUAUUUGGGACUUGCUGAAGACCUGGAAGGUUUGUUGGAGGUCCAAAGCGGCAGCACUUGCCAUAAUGGUGGCAACAGAGGGGGCCUGCUGCGGAGAUGGCACCCCAUCGCUCCCCGCCCUCGGCUCACCAAUGUCUUGGUCCUUUUUGCACAGCCUCUCCUCUUCUUGCAUCACCUGGCACAGGAAGUCCUGUGUAAGGUGCUGGGUGGCAUUUUGGAGGUCAUCUUCAGCCGUCAGCUCCUCGAGGUCAGUAGUGAAGCCCAUGAUUUCCUUGUCCUGAGGGUCUGCAGAGAAAAUGUCUUCUUAGUUCUUUUUAGUACAUGGAGAGGAUCUGCUUCACGAUGCCCACCUAUUUUGUUGACAUAGCCGGCAAAAACUCCUCUCAGUUUGGGUCGACUCUUCUCCAGCUCGCUUUCAAUCUGGUCUUGGUAGCAGCUGAUCUCUCCUGAUGAAAGGACACUCAAUGGUCAGAAGAGCUACAGGGUCACAUGAAGUCCCCAUGCAGAAAUAGGAGCUGACCUUGGACCUCAUUCAGCUUCUUGGUCAGCUCUUGCUCCAGCUGCAGAGGAACGCAAGCAUGAAGAUCAUCCUUUGUUGAUGGAGAUAAUGAUGAGAUGUACCUGCUGCAUCUUGGUCUUGUGCAGGGCGGCAGUAAAAGAGGGGGGGUCACAUUCCUGCUCCAGAUCCACCUUCAUGAACUCAUCGAUGGUCAGCUGACUGGUGGGUGUGUCCUCAAACUCUGUUAACCUGCAAAAAGAGGGGAGCCGUCUCCAAAAGGGCCGUGACACUUACGUUGACAAGUCAGAGGUUCUCACCUCUUCCGCAGCGUGGCCUGACAAACUUUCACCACCCCGAUCACCUCCUUUACGGUACGGCGAAACUUGUGCAUGCGGGCCGCCACGAGGAGCGCUGAGGACAAAUAGGAAGACAACUAAAGACUUAACAGUGUGGGUCUGGGGAUGCUUUGCUUGGAUUUUUACCAGCACCACAGAGUCCAGAUGGACGGCGUCCCGUGUGCAUCCAGUCCCUCUUCAUCCUCUGAACCAGACGAAGUGCCGUCAUGGACACAUCAUGAGUCUUUGCCCCAAACUCCAACAUGUGAGCGAAGCGAGGAAUUAGCAGACAUGGAUCUGAAUGGAGGCGGAGGGAGAUAGGUUGAUUCUGAUGAGUCAAUUCUUCUCUGAACAAGAGUUUGCCAAAAAAAAAAAAAUAGGAAGAAAAUACACAAGAACAAGACAACAUACUGCAUAAAUAUAAGAACAUGCAAUAUAUUAUAAAAACAUAUUAUAUAUAAAAACACUAACAAAGAACAUAAUGUAUAAAUAUAGGAACAUGAUAAAGUAGUAAAUUAUCACUGUGAUAAGUGAAUCUCCGCAAAGUACGAUUCCUUAUUUAUAAGUGAAAUAUUUUCAUUGAGCAUAGAAAACCUGUUUACGACCUUCUAAAUAUGUUUUUCUUAACAUUAUUAGAGCCAUCUAGACAUGAAAUAACACUGCUAUUGUAAGGGUAAAGGUCGCUCUGGUUUCUGCAGUUCUUCCUGCUGUGGCUUCGGUCUCAUCAAAGUAAUUACUGACACCUAGUGACCGAUGUAGAAUACUACAAUAUCAUCACAAUGUCUUUGAAAUGCAUCUUCUGAAAACCGUAUUUUACUUCAUUGAGCCAUUUUUAUACUUGAAAAUGUUUAAUUUCGGACAAAAAUACAUAAAAUUUGCUUAAAUAUGCAUUUAAAAAAAAAACUAAUAAUAGGCCGUUGUCAAACAGCAAUGAUUUAUUAACAUAGUUUCAAAAACUGUGAUAGCGUGAAGUCGCAAAAGUCGAAGCACCACGUGGCAAAGGAUGACUGUGUUGCAUCAAUAUGUAUAAAAAAACGAGGCCCUCGAUAAAUUGACAUUUGGGCAUCCAUCUGUAGUCUCUCUGUAGCUGGAUGACAACAUGGUUCGCUCUGCAUGUGCCUGCAUUCAUUGGCUCCAUAUGAAAUGAACACAGAAGAAAGCGAGCAUCUUCUCAGCUAUUAAGCCUCUUUGUCCCAGUGGUGGAGGCGGGGGCUACGCACACCGAGUGCAAGCAGACGCGAUUAUGAAUGAAGGCACAAAAGUAAUCGUUUCUAAGCCGAAUGCCACAGUUCCAGUGUCGUGGGUCAAACAGGACGUGUGCACGUUAAUCGCGCAUAAAAAAAAAGUAGUGGCAUUAAAGGAAACUUCCACACGUUAACUUUGACAGCCCUAAUAAAAACAUACCCAUCAGAACAUAUUGCUGAAAUAGAUUAUACAGUACAGUAAAACAGUAAGGAACAACAUAGUAGAGAACAUAGUACUUGAGUGAAAGUUCUCACCAAUGGCAGGAGCAUUGAUGCAGAGUUCACGAGCCAACAGCAAGAACGUUUUUCCCAGGAUAUAAACAUUCACCUGAACACAUCACACCAAUUAAAAGUUCUUCAAACUGCACACCAGUAUUACGUGAUUCUACCUGGAGCAGGUCACUCAGGUCCAGCAACAUGUCUGACAAACAGUUAAAGAAUCAUUGCGCGUGCACACACACACACGCGCACACACAGCAUUGCGGGAUACGUGGUGUUCCUUCGGUGCGACACACCAGGUAGAGGCAGGCGGCGAUGAUGUGUUCUGUUUUACGUCCACGUGUCAGGUGUCUGCUGACAACCAUCUUGAAGAAAUUGAAGGCUGUGUCCAGACAGUGCUGGUUGAGUUGCAGCUGGUUGCCUAGGUGAUGGAUCUGGCGUCUCCCUAAACACACACACACACACACACACACACACACACACACACACACACACACACACACACACACACACACACACACACACACAGAAAAGGUGAGGGCUGAUCGGUGAAGAUUUCAGAAACGAAGUCUAUAAAAUGCUCACCACUUUGCAGUGUCUGUGCUCUCGCCUCUUUACCAACACUGGUGUGGAAUCCAGAACCAAGCAGAGGAGUUUUGACUGGACCUGAACCGCACACACAUACACGCACACAGUGUUAACAAAGUGUUAAACGUCACUUGUUGGAUUAAAACGAUAAGUGUUGCAAGGACAAAUGACGCAAUCAGGUCACUGAUGAGACUCAACAAAAGUUUUUUGAGGUCAAGUUGGAAUCACACAAUGGGUCCCAGGUGUGCAGCCUGCCAUCAUCGCACCUGGCUGCACAGAUAAAAGCUUGGCCUCCUCACUCAGACAAGUUUAGCAGUUGAUGUCAAGAUGAGGACAGCUGCUGUCAUCGUUGGCCUCACCUUGAUCUGCAUUACCUGUGGAGCAGUUGAAGUCGAGUGGGCCUGUAGGGAUCGUCAUCUGUGGAUCCGCGUGACCUCCGAACAGACGGUCCAGUUUGAGGCUGUAGAUGACAAUGGUGUCCACGCCAUCAGCGCGCAGGUGGCCUCACACUGUGGUUACACAAUCAGCACCUUCAAGGCGGAUGGAUGCACCACCUUAAGAGCUUCUUACUACUCCUGCUUCACACACAUGCAGGAUGACCAGUUCACCUUUCGAUUCAAUGUGAUGCUGAGUGACGGUGGUCCUGAUUGGAUCAGCCGACCGGUUUCAGCCGUUUGUUCCGGUCUCAGCUGGGUUCACAGAGAGAUCGUAUGCGAGGAGGACUACAUGGAGGUGAACGUGCAGCGAGAAUCUUCAUGUGCCGCUCAGCCAGGCCGAGCCGGACGUGAGUGGCAUGCGGCCUUGUCCCAGGCUCAGAAGAUUGCGAGCUCGGCUCAUCAGCUGAUGUUCCUGCAGCGUGACGGACAAUUGACCCCCAUGUCAGUCAUGGAGGCGGAGAGUAGUGGUUACAGCUUGAUCCUGACUGCCAAGAGGGCAGUGCUUAGAUCUCCAUACAAUUCUGCAAAGGCACAGCUGAUCACGUUGGAUGGGGUCCCUGUAGAAGUUGUCCAUGCAUCUCUGUUCUACAAGCAGCAGCUGACAGUGGUGAUGAUUGACAUGUCUAUGGCCUGCACUGUCAAUUCUGCUUCUUUUGAUGGUGCUCAGCUGGUCUGGGAUGUCCCCGGAGUGCUAAAGCCUCUGCUUGAAGAAGGCGUUGCAUUCAAACAUCUGCACCAUAGUCUGGGGGUGGGAGGUGUCCUGAUGGAUGAGGCUAGCAUUGCUGCUAGAGGUUUCAGUCUGGCUCAGCAAGACAAUCUGGUCCAAAUCCUGGUUCCCUUUGGGGCUGAGGGCGGCUACAAAAAGAGUUUGGUGGUAAACAACGUGUAUAUGGAGAAAUUUGUGAUCUCUCUUCUGUAUGAGCAUAUGUUUUCAGUGGUGUAUCAAGAUGGCAGUAGUGUUGAUACCAAACACAGAACGCACAGGGUGCUUGACACACCGCUACGCUGUCGUCCACCCUUCAGCAUUGACCAGACAGUCAGUGAGGAGCAGGUGUUUAGCAUCUACCUGGGAAAUAUUCCCAAAGAUGUCAUUUUACAAGAAGUCCAAAUCAACGGGAAGCUGCUGGAGACAGACCAACAAGGAACUGUAGUCAGUCCUAUCAUUCACCUUAAUGGCAGUAGAGCUUACCAACUCCAGGUGCCGUUUCCAGAUACCGUAGUUAAGAAGAUGUAUGUGGGGGAAGGUAUGGUCCAGUACUCGAUUGAUGUCAACUUCACUUUGACCAUCGUGCCCCAGAGGGACUCCUACUAUCAUCAUACAUUUAUCACAGCUCAAGCCUUUAGUGCAUGUGAGGACAUGUCCAGACAUUUGUCAUUACAUGUGUGCCCGUUUCAUACUGAACAUUUUCCUCAAGUUCCACCAGAGAUCACAGCUCAGUGUUCUGACCGAGGAAUCCUCUUCAAUGUCAUCACGCCCCAUCAAGCUGCGUCACUCUGGGAGGUGGGAGUCAACCAUGAGCCGCUGACAUCAGAACUGGCAGCUCAAAGGGGGUACAAACUCAUCAAUGAUGGUCAAAAAACCAUCCUGGAAGUUCCUGUAUUUUCCGUAGGAUAUGCCUAUGAAGACAUCAACCUAUCAAACUUUUAUGGGACAUUUAAGCUGCUCCUUCGAGAUGCCAGAACUUUGGAGGUUCAGACCUCCACAUCCAAACAUUGUCUCUUCAAAACCGAAGACAUGAUAGUCUGUUCUGCAGAUGGCACCAUGACUGUGGUGACUACACCGACGUCCACCUGGCCCACAGUGGACCCUCAAGGAACCAGUCUGCUAGACCGCACCUGUAGACCCAAACAGACUGACAUCACUCGGGUCCUUUUCGAGUUCAAGCUGGACUCCUGUGGGACCAGGAUCACGGUUGGAGAGACUUACGUGGUUUAUGAGAAUGAAAUCCUUCAUGACAGACAGCUUAUUGCAGAUGGACCAACUUUCAUAUCCAGAGAUUCUCAGUUCAAGUUAACUGUCAGGUGCUUCUAUCCACUCAGUGGAAUCAACAGACUCACGGUAGAUCGGGUCUUCAGCUCAAAAGCUCCUGGGAUUGGUUUAGUCAAAGUGUUUGGAAGCCUCACAGAUUCAAAUCUGGUUUCUACCCUUGACUGUUUAAGUCAGGUUCCUGGGAAUGCAAUUAACAGCCCAUCAGAACCAGUCAAGGAACCCAACCAACCCAGUGAAGCACGAAGAGUUGAGCCCACGCCUAGUGUCCGACCUUGGCCCAAACCAGCACAUAGUAGCUUCAUCACAAUACCAGGAGGCCAAAACAACCAAGAGUUAAACCUCCAAAAGCAGCAAUCUAAGUUCAACCUUCCUCGGGUUAAUGAGCACAUUCCAGCGCUAAGAGACGUCGACAAGUCUGUUGCCACUUCGGACUCUACAGAUGUGAACAGAGUGAAAGGUUCAGGUCUGAUGCAGCCCUGGUUGCCUCUUGACCAAACUGGCUUUGUGAAGCCAACUCAGCUCCACAGGAAUAUAAAGAGUGAGCCCAGUGAUACACAGCAGGCUUUGGGUCCAUUGAAGAGAUUAACCCACCAGGACAGGAGACCAGGAUACGCUCCUGAAAUUUACCUUGAAAGUCAAGUCCUUCCAAUUCCUGCAGGAUUCAUCCAAACACCCAUCGAGGUCAAUGACCCUUCUGUAUACGACUAUGCUGAAACAAGAGUUGACAUCAAAAUGCAAGAAACUGAGUCAGCUCAAAGAGAGCCGGUCAUUGUUCAGUCUGGGGUACAAAACAUCAGAGUUAAGCCUCAAAGAAGAUUAACUUUUGAAAAUCCCAGCCAGGAAGUCAUUCAUACACCAAGCUACAGUCCCUCACGCCAUGCCUCUGGUCCAACGGCAGCUGCCAACAAACACCAGACACCAGAACCCCCUGAUAAUGCAAACCUUCAAGUUAACCAGCAGCAUGUGGUGCAAAUUGGGCCCAACACACCAGACAGUGUGGGGAAACAAUCUUCAACCUUGAAAAAAGUCAUUCAUACAGCAAGCAGCCCUUUGCCUGGAUCACCUGGCACCUUGCUUGGAUCUAGUCUUGGAUUCUUGCUACCAGACCAUGGAAAAAUGUCUGGCAGGGUGCCCGCCAUUAACGUCCUGAUCAAGAGCAGCCCAGAUUUCAGCAACAAAGAAUUAACCAAUCACGCCACACACGGUAAGCAGGCCAUGAAUCCCACUGAAGGCAACCUUGGAUCCAGGGGUUCUAGCCGAGGUCCUGGUGGGACAGGUGUAGACUUGAAGACCUCUGGUAUGUAUGACUGUGGAGUGUCUGAUCAGUACUCAGCCAGUGUUCACCAUGGCAUUGUGAGAACACCAUACACAAGUUCUUCCUCCUAAAGACACUAUUUUGAAUAAAAGGUGAUUUCUUGAA